CCAAUCUCGGCGUCAGGGCUCUUGGCCAUUACCGAAGAAGAUUAUGAAGCAGUCAUCAUCUGUAGCAGUAGGCUAUCAUCUGCCCGUCUCCAUGGCACAACAAAGGAUCUUAACGUGUUUUAUUUUAUUUUUGUUUAUUUUCUUAAGUCUUGCAUCGUCGUAUGAUAAAGUGCCUGCCAUAGUGCAGAGGAGUUUGGAUGCCUCCUCAGCUCCAACCAGCAGUGUCAGAAAUGAUGGAGAGGCCAGCCAGAGUUCCAGUGCCUCUACGGGGGAGAGCACAUCACUCCCAGAUGAAAAGCCACUCCACAAUGUCCCGGAGGCGCAUGGAUGGCGGUUAUACUCACCUCUGCGCUCCAAACGGAAGCUGCUACAGGCCCCUGGUUCUCUCCUGCCCUACUCACCUCUGAAUGUGGUGUACAAUGACAGGAUGUGUAUCCUCUUCAGGGCUCGCAAGCUGGCCAUCAGGUACAAGAAUCACACUCUGGUGGACCUCACCGAGCGAGCCUUUGGCCCAGAGGCACAAGUGGACACCAAAGGGUCCCUCUGCAGCAAAGACAAAGCCACGCUCAACAUGCGCUUCGGAGAUGUGGAGGACCUGAGGGGGUUAGCCAUCAGACUGCAGAUGUCCAACACAUUUUACGAAUCAGCCGGGCAGAACUGGUUCACCCUAGAUAGUGUCCACAUCCACUACAACUGGACACAUGAAGCCACCUUCAACGCCACCGAUGUCUAUGCCCCUUCCAUUAACUCGUACCAUUGCCAACAUGUCAGCAGCCUACAGAAAUAUGACACCCUCCUGGUGCCAAGCUCUCUCACUGAUAAUGCUGCAAACUGGCACGUCACAUUCACUGACUUUCAGAUUCAAGCUUUCAAUGUCCUCUCCAACAAGUUUGCCUCUGCCAGUGACUGUGCCACAUUCUUCACUCCAGCCAUCCUGAUGGGCCUGAUCACCUCCCUGAUCCUGCUGUUAGUCCUGGCCUACGCACUGCACAUGGUGGUGCACCUCAAGCACAUCGACCGCUACGAAGAGCACAAGACCACUGUCUACUUCCCCCGUAGUACAGAAGCGGAAUGCACAGAGAAGAACAAUUUGUAGGAGCACAAGGUUCCUCGUCUCCACUCCCGACUUGACCAACUGAAACUCCCUGACGCCCUCGGAGAGACAGGCAGCUCUGUGAUGUCUGAGAAGCCUCUGGCUGACGUGACUCUAGAUAUAAGCUUCUUCUCCUGCACUGAAAAGAGGGGCCACAGAGUUCGGGACUAUUCGUGUAUAGUGCUGAGGUGUGAGUGGGCCGAUUCUAAUUGGACUCUUUCACAAUAUCUUCCAGUGGAUAGAGACAGUGUUGGAAGGCACCUGCCACUUUUAAUAAUAAACAAACGUCCUAAUGAUUGAAGAGGGAAGAAAGAAUGACCUAUGACCAGCUAAAUAAAGCAUAUAAGCUUUUGGAUAAAAUUCAAAAUGAAAUUAGCACAAAAAUGUAUUUAUCCUGCACUUCAAAGAUCAGUAUUAGCACAACAUAUAUGGUGGUUAGGCUACAACCAGUUUAUUUUAAAAAGCCAAUUAUAUUUGAUUUAGGAGUAAACAAGAAACAGGUAAGUUGCUUUGUUUAAAUGUUUGCCCUUCAUGUGCUCCGUCUAUAAGAAUGACAAUGUAUUCUUGAUAUCACAGCAUAUCUUUUUUAUUUCUGGGUAAAUCAAAUUAUAAUAAUUGUUACAUCAUAAAAUUAUUACUUCACGGUAAGCUGUUUUGACUAUAAAAAUGGCCUGUACAUACUUUGGGUGCAAAUCCUAAAGGUUUAACCCUUUCAUUCCUUCAGUGGUUUGCAGCUUAUACAUGCCAUAUCAUUCAGUCUGUCACCGGUUCCUUAUUGGGAAGGUGUGUUUUUAAAUAACUGUCUUAUGAGAAUUUGUGAAACUUGUACCUUGAUUCUGGUUUUGUAAGUUGCUAUUAUGUUUUUGUUUUUGUUUUUCAUAAUGAUGUGUAUCGUUUUAAGACGAGCCACGGACAGUUUUCGACUGCAAAUGCUAUUUAGAAGACGUUAAGAUCUAAACAAAGUCCUUUUAAGCCAUUUAAUCUGCAACUCAUUGAAUGCACAAAGCUAAUGCAAGCAACAUCAACAGCUUACUGUUGUGUAGUGUCAUGCAGCAUGCCGGUGGCUAGAAACAGACAUAAUACCACAAUAACCAGAUGAUUAGCAUUGUGCAAUGUAUAUUGGCAAUAAUCAUACUGUACAAAGGGAUACAUUUUUCUUGAGCAAGUGUAUGUAUUUUUGUUUUUUUGAAGGGGGUGGAAUAAAAUCAGCUAUUGGCUCAGA